AAAAAAAAAAAAACCAACCCAAACUUGGCUGAUAAGUCGGAUUUAAAAAGAAAGGCGAGGAAAAGCCCUAGCCCCUUGCCUGCGCGGUCGGGAGGACGGGAGGGCGGCCGGCGCGGCGGGCCGGGCGCGGGUGCCGGUGGCCGCGGGGCGCCUGGAUGCGCGGGCGGUAGCGGGGGGCGGGCAUGGCCGACAAGCGGCGGUCCUCGCCCGGCACCACCAUGAGCCUCAAGGCUCACGCCUUCUCCGUGGAGGCGCUCAUCGGGGCCGAGAAGCAGCAGCAGCAGCAACAACAACACCAACAACACCAGCAGCAGCAGCAGCAGCAGCAGCCGCGGCAGCCCAAGCGGCGGAAGCUGGGCGGCGAGGACGAGGCGGCGGAGGACGAAGGGGGCAGCGGCUGCUGCGCCAAGAGCUCCCCCCCCGCCGCCGCCGCCGCCGCCGCCGCCGCCGCCAGGACCUGCGGCGACAUGGAGCUGGGCUGCGCCGCCCGCGCCCCCGCCGGCGGCUGCGAGGAGGGCUUCCCGCCGGCCUCCCCGCCCGCCUCCCCCGGCGGCUCCCCGAAAGGCUCGAGGCCCGGCUCGCCGCUGCCCACGCCGCAGGCCCCGCGAGUGGAGCUGCAGGGCGCCGAACUCUGGAAGCGCUUCCACGAGAUCGGCACCGAGAUGAUCAUCACCAAGGCGGGAAGGCGGAUGUUUCCCGCAAUGAGAGUGAAGAUCUCAGGUUUAGACCCACAUCAGCAGUAUUAUAUUGCUAUGGAUAUUGUGCCAGUGGAUAACAAAAGAUACAGGUAUGUUUAUCAUAGUUCCAAGUGGAUGGUGGCUGGUAAUGCUGACUCCCCAGUACCACCUCGUGUUUAUAUUCACCCCGAUUCACCAGCCUCCGGGGAGACGUGGAUGAGACAAGUGAUCAGCUUCGACAAACUGAAGCUUACCAAUAAUGAGCUGGACGAUCAAGGGCAUAUUAUCCUUCACUCUAUGCAUAAAUAUCAGCCUCGUGUCCACGUCAUCCGAAAAGACUGUGGAGAUGAUCUGUCACCCGUCAAGCCUAUCCCUUCAGGAGAAGGGGUGAAAGCCUUCUCCUUUCCAGAGACAGUUUUCACAACUGUCACAGCAUACCAAAAUCAACAGAUAACUCGUCUGAAGAUUGACAGGAAUCCAUUUGCCAAAGGCUUUAGAGAUUCGGGACGUAACAGAAUGGGACUGGAAGCUCUGGUAGAGUCUUAUGCCUUCUGGAGACCUUCACUGAGGACACUUACAUUUGAAGAUAUACCUGGGAUACCCAAACAAGGAAAUGCAGGUUCCUCUACUUUACUCCAGGGAUCUGGCAGUGGAGUGCCAUCUACCCACCCUCACCUCUUGCCGGGUUCCCCUUGCUCAUCUCCAGCCUUCCACCUCAGUCCCAACACUAGCCAGCUCUGUAGCCUUGCUCCAGCUGACUACACAGCUUGUGCCCGCUCAGGUUUGACCCUGAACAGAUACAGCACUUCUUUGGCUGAAACCUACAACAGGCUCACAAACCAAACCAGCGAGACGUUUGCACCCCCGAGGACUCCCUCCUAUGUCGGUGUGUCGAGUAGCACAACUGUGAAUAUGUCAAUGAGUGGCAAUGAUGGGGAUGCAUUCAGCUGCCCGCAGACUGGCUUGUCCAUGCAGAUUUCAGGGAUGUCUCCACAGCUCCAGUACAUCAUGCCAUCCCCAUCCAGCAAUGCCUUUACCACUAACCAAACCCACCAAGGCUCCUACAACACGUUUAGACUGCACAGUCCCUGUGCGCUCUAUGGAUAUAACUUUUCGACAUCCCCUAAACUGGCUGCCAGUCCUGAGAAAAUCGUUUCUUCCCAAGGAAGUUUCUUGGGGUCCUCGCCAAGUGGAACCAUGACGGAUCGGCAGAUGUUGCCCCCCGUGGAAGGAGUGCACUUACUUAGCAGUGGGGGGCAGCAGAAUUUCUUUGACUCUAGGACCCUAGGAAGCUUAACACUCUCAUCUUCUCAAGUGUCUGCACAUAUGGUUUGAUGAAGCCUUUAAGUAAAAGUACAGUAUGUUUGGUGUC